AUGCAGCCUUCAAAUAAGGCGCAUCAGUUUGACUUCAAAGUAACGGAUGGGGUACUUUUGAAAGAUUUGAACUUGUGGGAGCAGACCUCGCAGUACUGCAUGGACAGCAGUUUACACGGUUUUCGAUUUAUUGGACAACCAAAGCGACAUUUUGUGGAAAGACUAUUGUGGUUCAUCGCAGUUAUAAUUUCCAUCUCAUCUGCGACAAUCUUGAUCCUCCAAGUUUGGGACAAGUAUCGCCUCACCCCAGUGAUCACAGUCUUUCAAGCGACGGACACUAGAAUUAACCGCUUGCCCUUUCCUGCAAUCACUAUCUGCAAUACGAACAAUGUGCAGAAAUCGAAGGCGGAGGAGUAUGAGAGACGACUAAUUUCAAAUCCUACUGACGCUCAGAGUAACAGUAAUUUGUACCGUUUGAACCACAUUUGUCAGUCGUCCCCAUCAUUCAAGGAUUCCUUCAACUUUUCCCUCGAUCGAGGCGCUGUUCGAGAGGAUCUCAUUGAUCAAAUCAUCAAAUUCAGAGCUACUCAAAAUUUUUCGCUGUGGACAAAUCAUCUGUCUUUUGCUGAUUUAUUGAGAGAUGUGGCCAACAAAUGUGACGAAAUGAUUCUUCUCUGCAUGUGGGGAGGUGAAGUUAGGAAAUGUAGCGAAUUAUUUUACGAAAUUGAGACUGAUUUCGGCUACUGCUGCGUCUUUAAUAUGGUUCCGAUGUCCUUGUUGCUGAAUUUAAAGAAUGAUUCACGAGACGACAAGGUCCGAAUUGAAGAAUGGGAAUCUCUCCAAUUGGACACAGACAACAUUAUUCUAGAUGAGGAGGGAGUAUUUGAACACGAAUACAGACAUAAGUUCGGAACACUACCGAAAUUCCCGCAGAGGCAACGCCGACCUGGGAAAACAACUGGACUGUCGGUUUUACUGAAUCCGGACGACGAAAGCUAUUUCUGCACGAGUACUGAUUCGGUUGGAUUUAUGGCAUUGGCUCAUCUUCCCUUCGAUUUUCCGAACGUGGGAGAUAAAGGAGUUCCCAUUAAACCGAAUACGGAAACCUAUCUCAAAAUCGAACCUGACAUUGUCAGGGCCGGAAGUGAAAUUCAAGGCUUCCCACUUGUACGACUUAAGAAAUAG